UAUUCUAAAUGCAACCAAAUUAUCCGAAUCCGAUCCCCUGGUGGAUAGAAGGCGGCCCGGCAGGGUCCGUCUACCCGUGUGAUGCUUUCUCGGCGUUUUCAAAUGUAGUAAUUUGAGUCCGCCACUGAUCUCGCCCAUGCUGUUCAUGCAAAAGAGGCAAAACCCAUGUUUUUGGCUCCCUCUUUGCAGAGGCGUCUCUCUUCUCUACGUCUGAAACCGCUUCUUGCAAGAAUUGGAGAUGGGUAUCGCCAUUUCAAACGGUUUGUCCUGGCAGGCAUCUUUGCUUCUGGGCGCUCUUCUUCUUCUUCUUCUUCUACUUCCAUUAUGAUGAGAGUCGAAGAACAUGGUCGUCGUCAAGACGAUAAUCGAUCCUUCCGCAACAUGGUAUCAGGUGGGACGCCUCUGGAUCAGUUCAUGGCAGCUUCUGUUCUAAAGUAUUGUGCUGAAAUUGGAGCUUUAAACCAGGUGAUUUGGUUGCGGCGAGGAAAGUGUUUGACGGAAUGCCUCAUAGGAAUGUGGUUGCCUGGACGGCGAUGAUAUUUGGUUAUGCACAGAGGGGGAGGAGUGAGAAUGCUUGGGAAUUGCUCGCCGGCAUGCGCCGAGCAGGAGUGAUGGGAAACGAUUUCACAGCAGCUAGCGUAUUGAGCUCCUGUAGUGAUGAUGCUGUAGGGCUUAGCCGCGGGAAAGUAUUGCAUGCUUAUGUUGUUGUGGCCGGUCUUGUGUCCUAUUUCGCGGUUGGCAAUGCCCUGUUAACCAUGUAUUCCAAGUGUGGAUCUUUGGAGUCUUCUUGUCAAGUGUUUGAUGAAAUGCCCGGCCGAGAUGUUGUGUCCUGGAGUGCAAUUAUUGCUGCAUACGGACAACAUGAUGAUCAUGAGAAAGCAUUAUCGAUGUUUAGGCAGAUGCUGCUUGAAGGAAUUGUGCCUAACAUGCACACUUUGGCUAGUACUUUGGCAUCAUCUGGAGGUUUGGGAAAUUUAUGGUCGGUUCUGCAGCUUCAUGACCUAUGCAUCAAGAUUGGGUUAUACUGCCAUGUUACUGUCAGCAAUGCUCUUAUGGCAGCAUACUCAAAGUGUGGGCAAUUGAGUAUAUCUGGGGAGAUUUUUGAGAGUAUAGAAAGCAAGGAUGUUGUCUCAUGGACAUCGAUUAUUGCAGCACAUGCACAAGAUGGAGACGGUCAUGAGGCUUUAAGACUUUAUGCUGUUAUGCGUAAAAUGGGAAUCAAACCAAAUGAUCAUACAUUCAUUAGCACACUUGAUGCUUGCACCACCAUAAAUGACCUGAAUCUUGGGAAACAGCAACAGGCUGAUAUUGUGAAAACUGGUUUUGACAUAGAUGUUUCCGUCUGCAACACACUGAUUACCUUCUAUGCAAAAUGUGGUUGUAUAGAGGAUGCCAGGAAGGUCUUUGAGAGCAUGCGUUUUAGAAACUUGUCAUCGUGGAAUUCAAUAAUUGUUGGCCACGCCCAACAUGGGCAUGGUCAAGAAGGCCUUAGGUUGUUUGACGCCUUGCUGCAGAUUGGGUUGACACCUGAUUUCAUUACAUUCAUUGGGGUUCUUUCUUCAUGUACUCAUGCAGGAUUUGUAGAAGAAGGUCUGGGUUAUUUCAAAUCGAUGAGCCAAGAUUAUGGCAUCUUGCCAAGGAUGGAUCAUUACGGAUGUGUGGUCGAUCUGCUGUCUCGUGCUGGCCGCUUAAAUGAAGCAAAAGCCUUCAUUGACAGGAUGCCAUUUGAACCUGAUCCGAUAAUUUGGAGUACUUUCCUGGCUGCCUGCAGAGUGCACAAAAACAUUGAACUUGGUAGAGAAGCUGCAGAGAAUCUGCUUCAAUUAGAGCCAAACUCCAUACCCACUCAUGUGCUACUUGCAAACAUGUACGCAGCAGGUAACAGAUGGAAGGAGGUCGCUGAUGUUAGGAAAAUGAUGAAGGAUAAGGGGUUGAGGAAGAAACUUGGUUGCAGUUGGGUGACUGUCAAGAAUACCACAUAUUCAUUCACAGUUGGUGAAACAAAUCAUGCUCAUAUGAAGGAGCUCUUUGCAAUGUGGAAUAAGCUGGCACCCGUUCUCAGAGAUGCUGGUUAUGUUCCUGAUACCGAGGCAGAACUUCACGACAUUGAGGAGAGUGAAAAGGAGAGGAUUCUGGGUCAUCAUAGUGAAAAGUUAGCUAUUAUGUUCGCACUGCUGAACACCCCACCUGGAACCAGUAUUUUGAUAACAAAAAAUCUUCGUAUUUGCAGUGAUUGUCAUUCUGCUAGCAAAUACAUCUCAAAGGUGACUAGCCGGGAAAUUGUUAUGAGGGAUACCACACGUUUUCAUCACUUCAAAGACGGUAUAUGUUCUUGUCAAGAUUACUGGUAGAUAAGCAAUUGGCUAUAAGGCAUUGUAGGCGAAUCUCACAUUUAUUGUGGAGAGAUUGGUGUUUAUUGUCCUGCAUUACGUUGAGAUCGACAUAUUGAUUCUGUUUCAGUAUAUGUACAUAAAAUUUUGACAUGCUUUUGGAAA